AAAAACACACAGAAAUAAAAUAUAAGAGAGUAAAGAAAAAAAAUAUGAAAAUUCUUGUAGGAAAUCCAACACCCAAUUAAAGCAGUUCUAGAAAGAGAAGUAAGAUUUUUUUUAAAGAAGAGGAAGAAAAUCAUUAGUAUCAUCAAUGAAAUCAUUCAGAAAUUUCCCAAAAUUGGGGGACACAGCUUCUAGACUGAAAGUACCCAUACCAAGUACCUAGUUUCAUGAAUGAAAACAAACUAUCACAUAGGAUCGUGAAAUUGCAGAAUAUUGAUUUUAAAAGCUUUGGCGGUUAAGAAGAGACAAGUUAGACAAAAUGAUAAAGAAUUAUAAUGACACAGUAUCACCGUUCUUAACAAUAAUACUAGAAAUCCAAAGACAAUGGGACAAUGACUUCAACAUUUUGAGGAAAAACUAUUUCCUACUUAGAAUUCUAUUUUUGGCCAAAUUAUCUUUCAAGGCUAAAAGAUUCCCUCCUACACACCUUCUCAGGAAACUACUGAAGGCAGCGCCAUCGAAAAAAGGCAGUAAUCCAAGACAGGGCAUUCAAGAGAAACAGGAAUCCAGUAAUCAAGACAAAAGGUAAUCUACAGUGAGAGUGGAGGGAGAGUGGAAGUCAACAGCUGUACAGAGGGCCUAGUGAUCAGCUCAUCCAGAUUAUAGCAUGGCAGCAUAUGCUGGGACGGGACAGAUUUCUUUAAGCAGAUGAAACAGAUUAAAUAUCUAAUAUGCAUAAACUACUGAGUGAUUUGCUAGGGAAUAGUUUGGGUAUAAAUUUAUGGGGAAAAAAAAGAAACUAAGCCUAUGGAAAAAAAAAAAGUACAUUUAAUUUAGCAAAAUAAUAUGAACAGGAACAGAAAAGUAAUGUUACAUGGCUCAGUUAUUGAUAGCAUUUAUACACUCGUGAUGGUAUAAACAAUGAAUAUUCAUCUAACCAAAAUUACAAGUAACUAAGUUUGGAGAAUGAAGAAACAGGAAGUAUAUAUUUGAUGUGUUAGAGAUGAAGGUAGGAAGGGUUCAAAAGAGAACUGAAGACUCUCAUCUCCCACAGUUAGUCAAUGGAUAAUACCCGUAAAAGACAGCUAAAAUUGAAAAAUCAAGAAGUAGUAAUAUAAGAACAUAUUUAAAUACAUACAUAUAUAUUCUUCUGGACUAUCUUUUAUGCAUACGCAUUAAAAUAUUAAAGUGUACAACCACUUCAAUUGUUUUAAAGUUCCUUUCAAUAGAUCUAGGGCCAAUAGACAUCCUAAAAAUAUUCUUUCAAUUUUCCACAAGAGUUUUCCAGUUUAUUAAGAUAAAUAUGCAGGGAGGGUGAAGAAAAAUGUAGUUGUUUCACAUUUAAUAUACUUUAAGAAAAAUAGAUUUAAAAGGAGAAAAAAUGGAAAUCAAAAUGUCCUCAAUAAUCUCUGAAGUUGUAGUCUUGUAUUGAGAUAAAAAUGCUCUCUUUUCUAUCAGGCCUGCGAUAUGAAAACCACAUGCAUCCUGAUCUUGUUUUGGCCUCUCUCCAUGUUAUUAUUAUCAGAUGAAAGCCAGACUUCUAAAACAGAAGUCAAAUGUAAUUUCACUGAAAAGAAUUAUUCUUUGAUUCCAGCGGAUAUAAAUAAAGAUGUCACUAUACUUGAUCUCAGUCACAACCAAAUUACUCUGAAUAUUAGAGACACAAGUGUUCUACAGACGUAUUUUUUACUCACUGAACUCUACUUGUUUGAGAAUAAUGUCACUAUCCUAUAUAAUAAUAGUUUUAGUAACCUCUCCAAUCUACAAAUUUUAAAUAUCUGUAGAAACUCUAUCCGCAUAAUUCAACAGGAUGCAUUUAUCGGCUUAAAAAAACUAAAACAGUUAUAUCUCUGCCAAAACAAAAUGUUACAACUGAAUCCUGAAAUAUUUGUGCCUCUAAAAAAUCUGAAACUUCUGAAUCUGCAAGGCAAUUUGAUAAGCUAUUUUGAUGUACCACAACUCUUUCCUCUGGAAAUAAUCAUUUUAUAUGGAAAUCCAUGGAACUGCUCUUGUGGUCUGCUGAAUUUGCAGAACUGGUUGAACACAUCAAAUGUGACACUAGAAAAUGAGAACAUCACCAUGUGCAGCUACCCAGAUACCCUGAAGGGCUACAGUAUCAAAAUAGUACAUUAUAAGGCUGAAUGCCACUCAAAAUUUCCUUCACCUAUAACUGAAGAUCUUUAUAUUAAUUUUCAGUCCAUUAGCAAUUCAACAUUUAAUAGCUCUUUGAACAAUCUAACGAGAAAUUCAGAACAAGGACCUCUUGGAAAAAGCUGGGCUUUACUUGGUGGUGGUGUAGCUACCAUGCUGGUAACUUCACUCCUCAUUUUUAUUGCUAUCAAAUGCCCCAUAUGGUACAAUUUUCUGCUUAGUUACAAGCAUCAUCACCUGGAAGAGCAUGAAGCAGAAACCUACGAAGAUGGUUUUACUGAAAAUCCAAGUUCUCUUUCACAGAUACCAGAUACAAACUCCAAAGAAACUCUAGUAAUAUUUGAACAUGUACAUUCAUUUGUGGUAGAUGACGAUGGGUUUAUUGAAGACAAAUAUAUUGAUAUUCAUGAAUCAUGUGAAGAAAAUUAACUUCUUUCAAUGUUUGAUUCUUUAAAAAAUGUUAUCAGUUCACUCACAGUGUAGACAUGAAGAUUUUGAUAUGUGACAUACCAGGCUAUACCUAGCAGACCUUCAUAUUAAUUGUAACACAGAUAAAUACCAUAAAAUUAUGUUUUUCUCAUUGAUAUUGAGCAAGUCAGUCCAAGUACAGUAACCGACAGUCCUCGGUAGCUAAGGUACAAUAUUAGUAUUACUAUUCUCAGCAGCAUUCAGGAGACCAUCCAUACAUAAAGAAAAAGCCUAAAGUAAAUUAUUCAUUAAUUAAAAUUAACUGAUUCUCAUAUUAGCUUAGAUAUUUGAUGUAACACAUAUUAAAUUACAUUAAAGUUUUACUGAUUGCAAUCAGUAGAGAAAAGUUUUGGAUUUAUAUCAUGAGUCAGAAUACAGAACAGACAUAGCUUAAACUGACAGUACACAAAGGCUGAUUUUUAUGCUCAUAAAAUAAAUUCAUAGAAUUGGAAAACAUUUUUUUAAAUGCUUCCUGAUUUAGCACAAUAAAUUUCCUGAAAAUCUGCUAGUAAUUUAAAGCACAGGCACAAGAGCCAAGCACAAUCCCUAAUAAGUUACUACUGCUUUUGGUUAAUAAAGACUGUCACCAUAAUGCACGAUCAUCACAACUGAAUAGCAUGGUGGCUUCCAAAAUGGGUAUCACAAUUAUCUACAAAUCUUAUUUUUUAAAAAAAUACAUAUUUCUGCCUCUCUUUGACAGAUUUUUAUUCAAAUGAGUCUGUGCUAGGGCUGAGAAAUCUUCAGUUGGUCCAUGGACAGCUGUUUGGGGUCCUAUAGAUAUAGGAAUGCUUCCCAAGUUGUUUUCUAGAACAUUAAUUUCCAGAGAGACAUUCCGAAGUAUUUAUAGGGGAGAUGAAAGGUACAUGUUCCAAUUACUAUAGACUUACUAUAGGAAAUACUGGGUUUGAACAAGAUUCUUUACUCCAGGAGUCAUCCAAGACUUUACUAAGCUAAACUGCUCUGUUCUUCAGAAGCAAAUUGUCAAGAAUUCUCCAAACUUCCUCGACACCAAAAUCCUUUCUUUGAAGUAUGCCUACUAAGAGCUCACAAGCACAAUAAGGGUCCAAAUAACACAGUUUGGAAAACACUGGCCUUGAGACUAUUAUAGGAAGAGUCUAAACUGAAUUACUUGCCAAUUCCUUAUAAUCAAUUUGCUGAAAUCAUAAGUUUAAUAACAAUGUAAACAGUGGCAUUAAAAGCUAUAAUAAAAUCUACCAUCUUUAUCUUCUAUAUGUAAGGAAGUAUUUAUAUUUUUUAGAGGAAAAUAUCUUUAAAACACUAAAAUAUACUUAUGGAUGUAAUAUAAUGACAUAUUUUAGAUUUUCUUUAUCAUAAUACAGAAAAGGAAACAGUGGUUAGAGGCGUGGAUGGAUCAGGGUUAAAUAUGAGCAGAUGGAGCUGGGACAUGGGUACACUGGAGUAUAGUACACUAUUUUAUUUUUGUGUAUGCUAAAAUUUCUCUAUAAUAAAGUUUUUUAAAUGUGUAUUUACGUUGCAGUUUUUUAGAAAAAAGACACUAAAAAUAAUGUAGAUGUACGUUAUGUUCUGCAAAAUGGUCAUUUAAAGGUUAUAUCAAUAGUAAAUUUAGUUCAUUUGUCUACUGAGGAAAAUAAAAACUGUUUAGGAUGAUAUACCCUGUGAAAUAGGAAAACAAACUCCCUUAUUUACCAUGCAUAUUUGCUUGUUUUUAUAAAAAUGUUUUCAAUACAGGAUGUAAGUGCUUUACGUGUAAUAUUUCCUAAUAGAUAAUAUAUAUAUAUAAUAUCAAUCAUAAAUCAACAUUUUCAACCUCAAUUUUGAGUGAGAUAAUAGAAACACAAGGCAUCAUUUUCUAAGUAACCUAUCAUUUUACCAAAACAUCAUUUACUAAUUUAAAAGGCAAAUGUGAAAAUUUAAGAAAGAGUAAAAUGAAAUGUU